AUGCAUGCAAGAAAAUGGACCCAACCUGGCUGGAGAAUGGCGCAGAGGUAUGCAAACAAAGUUCUAAUUGGAAACUGGGUGGAAGAGAAGCUGCAGUACACCCGAGAGUGUAAGACAGCCACAACAGCACCAACUGUGCAGACUACCAGCCACAGAGGGCCAGACGUCAUCGUGAGACAAAUGGCGCUGUGGAAAGCUGAGGGCCUUGCUGCCAAGAUGCUCCUCUCCCAUCACGGCACACUGCCUUCCCAUUACCUGGUCACCCUCUAUGAUGAGAUGUACAGGCGCCAGGGCUCCUCCACCCUGCUCACAUUGUGCACCUGGCAUCCAGACAGGCUGGCGAGGAUGCCAGAGAAGUCUGACCACCACCGUUAUCCAAUCUUGUCAGUUCUGAGCUCUCUCUCCUUCCCUUCCUUCUCCUUCCCACCUCCAACUAACUUUGGCCUGGUGGAGUCUAGACAGGUCUGUCUGGACCAGCACCAGCCCCCCUUCUCAACACUAAGUGUGUACAGGACAGCGUACCAGAGGCACCCACUAAGUGCAUUCUGCCAGCCCCGCUUAGCCAGUGUUGCCACGUGA